AUGUUCCUAUUACAUUUACUAUGUCUUUUGGCAUUUUCAUUUAUAUGUUGUCGUAGUGAAAUUUGUACUGAAGACAAUUGUCUAUUACCAAGCUGUCAAUGCUCGAUGAGUAAUGAUAAUCCAACAUCAUUAGAUAUUACUGAUCUACCUCAAUUUAUUUUAUUAACAUUUGUCGGUAGCUUAAGUAAAGAUACACUCGAUCCAAUACGAUCAAUUUUAAAAUCGUCUCAUCGAAAUCCAAAUAAAUGUCCGAUUUCAUCAACAUUUUUUAUUCAUAAUGUUCAUACAGAAUACUGUUUAGUUCAACGUUUAUUCGAUAAUCAAAAUGAAAUAGCAAUAACAAUUUCAAAUAAGAAAUGUCCAUUAACCAAAUGUUAUAAUGAAAGUUAUUGGCAUCAAUGGACUAAUGAUGAUUGGUACGAAGAAAUCAAACAACAACGUAUAAAUAUAGUUGAACAUGCUCAAAUUCAUCAGUCACAUAUAAAAGGUUUUCAUGUACCUCAUUUACAAAUUGAUCAAAAUAAAUACUUCGAAUUUUUACAUCAAUUUCAUUUUCAUUAUGAUUCAUCUAUGCUAUUUAAAUCAUCGAGUUUAAUGUGGCCAUUUACACUUGAUUAUCCAUUUGAUCAAACUGAUUGUAUUAAUUGUCAACAAUGGACAAAUCCAUUUGAAGGACUUUGGCAAUUUCCAUUACAUGAAUGGACGUAUCCAAAUGCUACUAAAUCUUGUCGUACUUUUUUCGAUUCGUCAUGUUUACCUAUCAAUCAAUCACAUACAGAUGAUCUUUUGUUUGAUUUUCUCAUGCAUAAUUUUGAACGCCAUUCAUCAUUAUCUAUUGGUUAUCGAUCACCAUUCAUUAUUCAACUUGAUCUUUCUUGGCUUUCUAAACAUAACAAUCUGCAUGUUCAAGCUUUGAUUCGUUUUAUUAAAUAUAUUUUAAAUAGUUCAAAUUAUCGAUAUGUAUAUUUUGUUUCAAUUGAAAAAGCACUUGAAUGGUUUAAAUAUCCACGUUCAUUAGAUGAACUUCGUGAUUUUUGGGCAUUUAGUUGUGAUGACAAAAUCUAUGAAUAUGAUACAGUUUGUUACGAUAAAGAAUUAAAUAAAAAUGAACAAGAUAAUUUACUCAAUCAAGGAAACAUCAAAGCAUUAAAAUCCAACGAUAAAACAAAUGAAACUCAUUCGAAAACUAUUGAUCAUCCUGCAGAAAGACUUUUCCCUAGUGAUAUUGUUUUUCAUGCUUUAUGGAUAUCUUUUUUAUUGAUUUUAAGUGUCUUUUUUUAUGAUAAGUAUUUCGCGAACAAGUGA